AUGCCGAUCACUCGCGACGGCGUAGACCCCAGCGGCAGCCAGAAGCCCGGAGGGUACAGGAGGGGCGCUCAUGAAGACGACAGCGUCACCGCUAACAAUGCCGUUUACGGUCCUAGCGGAUCGCAACAAGCCCCCCCGACGAGCAAGGUGCCCUUGUCCCACGGCGGGCUCACGUCUUCCUCCGCGUACGGCUCGGGCUACGGGGGAGACUACAAGCCUUCGUCCUAUCCACGACCGGCAUGCCACAACAACACCGAUCCCCGCCAAGACCAAGGUUUCGGCGGGUUUGGAGGCAAGUUCGGGGAGCGGAGCCUCAUGACCGGUAGGAGCGUCGCUAACAGAGGCAAGGCUAGACGGGGUGGGGGCGGGGGUCUAACCCCGGGGUACGCUCCGUCCAGCGGAGGAGGGGUCGAGGCUGCGCUCUCCUCCAACGCUUUCGCUAGCGGGCACAGUCAGAACUGCGGGAAUGUCAUCACGGGCAGGCCGUCGUCUCGAGUUAUUGCUCCGCCCGGAGGCCACUCUACGUUCAGUCUCGGGUAA